AUGAGUUCAGAGGAUUUACAGGAUCACCAUGAAAUUGGAAAUGAGGUGAUUAAAAAAAAAGGGGUUUACACAAAAAAAAAAUGUCAAGAUUGUUUCUUUUUAAUAUUAUUUUUAUUAUUUUGGGCUGGUAUGAUCGUUGUGGCAGCAUUUGGUGUAAAAAAUGGUAAACCUGAUAGAAUUGUUAAAGGUACAGAUCAAUAUGGUAAUAUUUGUGGUGUUAAUAAUAUAGAACAAGGUAUUUUAAAUGAAACACAAGCAAGAGAUACAACUAAUGAACCAUAUGUAUAUUUUAUAUAUUAUCCAGACUUGAUUGGAAUUAAUUAUAGAGUUAUUUGUAUUGAAGAAUGUCCAAAUUCUACAUAUACAGAUUUGAAUGAUCCAAAUCAAUUAAUUUGUGAUUAUGGUACAGUUCCAGCAACCAAUCAAAUAUCACCAAAUGGAACAUGUAUGGGAAAAAUUAAGAGUAAAUUAAUAUUCAAUCGUUGUAUACCCGAUGUAACCAAUACAUCAGUGGUAUUGAAUUCAAUUGUCGAUGAAAUCUAUCAAUUUGUAAAUAAUCAACUUACAUCGGAUCUCAGUGUAGAGAUAUUAACAGAUUUAACUAAUUCAUGGCGUUAUUUAAUUUAUGGCGCAUUGAUUGCAAUGGGGUUGGGUUUGACAUGGAUAUUUUUAUUAAGAUUUUUCGCAGGUUUCAUUACAUGGCUAACUGUAUUCGCAGCAUAUGCAUGUCUUGGUCUAUUGACGGCUCAGGUGUAUUUCCAAUGGCAAGAUUCAAAGGAUGCCUAUGAGAAUACAAUCCCAUCACAACGUUUAGUUAUGCAAGAGAAGAAUAUAUUGGCAUUAAAGGUGAUUUUCAUUAUUCUUUGUGUGGUUUGUGGUAUUUUCGCAUUGAUUCUAUUGGCUUUGUUUAGUCGUAUUCGUAUUGCAAUUCGUAUCAUUAAAGAGUGUAGUAGAGCCAUUGGUAUUAUGCCAUCAAUUUUCUUUUUCCCAAUUUUCAUAUUCCUUUUAUUAUGUGGUUUCACAGUUUAUUGGGUUUACAUUGGUGUUUAUUUAGCUACGGCCGGUUCACCAACUUAUGACGAUCAAUAUAGAUUCACAGGUUAUGAAGCGGAUUCAAAGUUACAGAAAAUUCAAAUCUAUCAUUUCUUUGGCUACCUUUGGACUUUUGCUUUCAUCUUAGCAUUGAAUCAAACUACGAUCGCUGGUGCAAUCUCAUCAUGGUAUUGGGUACAAGAUAAAAAGGAUACACCUUUCUUCCCAGUUUGGUCUUCAUUUUUCAGGGUAAUUCGUUAUCAUUUAGGUUCAAUUGCAUUGGGUUCUCUCAUUUUGGCCAUUGUACAAUUCAUUCGUUGGGUAUUACGUUUCUUGGAGAAGAAAUUCAAAGGAAAGGAAGCUUAUUUGGCAAGAUUCAUCGUUAGAUGUUUAAAUUGUAUUUUUGGUUGUUUUGAAAGAUUCAUAAAGUUUUUAGAUAAAAAUGCCUAUAUCAUGGUUUCCAUCUAUGGUUACUCUUUUUGUCAAGGUGCAAAGAGAGGUUUCCAAUUGGUUCUCACCAAUAUCCUUAGAGUGGCCGCUGUAAAUUUAGUAAGUUCUUUCUUAAUGUUUUUAGGUAGAGUUUUCAUUACCGCCGCAACCGUUGGUAUCUCACUUUAUCUCUUAAAAGAGCAUGAAAAUUUAUCUUUUUAUAUCAUUCCUGUAAUCUUAAUUGGUUUCAUCGCUUUUGCCAUUUCAACUGGUUUCAUGUCUGUUUAUGAUAUGUCUAUCGAUACAAUGUUGUUAUGUUUCUGUGAAGAUUGUGAAAGAAAUGAUGGUUCUCCAGAACGUCCAUACUAUAUGAGUAAAUCACUUAGAAAAUUCGUUGAUGGAAAAGGUCGUUCAAAAUGUUGUUAA